CAAGAGCGCUGAUUGGCUGCGCUGAAGUUCCGGUUUUGGAAGCUUGGCAGUGACAGCAGCGCAGUGCAGGCUGGGAAAUGCCGCGGUACAGUGCUGCGGAGGCCCCCGGGGGCCACAGCUCCCCCUAUAAACCGGUAAUGAACGGCGUGCACAAGACCGAGAGCGGGGGCCUGAAAAACGGAUAUAGGGGAGCCCUGGAUGGAAAGGUAAUGGCACCCCAAUAAUAUAACCUCCCCCAAUAAUGUCAUCCCAAUAAUAUAACCUCCCCCAAUAAUGUCAUCCCAAUAAUAUAACCUCCCCAGUAAUGUCACCCCAAUAAUAUAACCUCCCCAGUAAUGUCACCCCAAUAAUAUAACCUCCCCAGUAAUGUCACCCCAAUAAUAUAACCUCCCCAGUAAUGUCACCCCAAUAAUAUAACCUCCCCAGUAAUGGCACCCCAGUAAUAUAACCUCCCCAGUAAUGUCACCCCAAUAAUAUAACCUCCCCAGUAAUGUCACCCCAAUAAUAUAACCUCCCCAGUAAUGUCACCCCAAUAAUAUAACCUCCCCCAAUAAUGUCAUCCCAAUAAUAUAACCUCCCCAAUAAUGUCACCCCAAUAAUAUAACCUCCCCCAGUAAUAUAACCUCCCCCAGUAAUAUAACCUCCCCCAGUAAUGUCUUAAUAUUAUAACCUCCCCAGUAAUGUCACCCCAGUAAUAUAACCUCCCCAAUAAUGUCAUCCCAAUAAUAUAACCUCCCCAGUAAUGGCACCCCAGUAAUAUAACCUCCCCAGUAAUGUCACCCCAAUAAUAUAACCUCCCCCAAUAAUGUCACCCCAAUAAUAUAACCUCCCCAGUAAUGUCACCCCAAUAAUAUAACCUCCCCAGUAAUGUCACCCCAAUAAUAUAACCUCCCCCAAUAAUGUCAUCCCAAUAAUAUAACCUCCCCAAUAAUGUCACCCCAAUAAUAUAACCUCCCCCAGUAAUAUAACCUCCCCCAGUAAUAUAACCUCCCCCAGUAAUGUCACCCCACACAGUGUAACCCCUGUGCAAUGGCACCCCACAAUAUAACCCUCCCCCACAAUGUCAUCCCACAAUAUGUGCAACCUCCUGCACAAGUGUCACCCCACAAUAUAACCUCCCCAGUACAUAACCUCCCCAGUAAUAUAACCUCCCCCAGUGCAAUAUAUAUAACCUCCCCAGUAAUAUAACCUCCCAGUAAUGUCACCCCCACAAUAUAACCCCCACAAUGUCAUCCCACAAUAUAACCUCCCCAAUGUCAUCCCACAAUAUAACCUCCCCCCACAAUGCCACCCCAAUAAUAUAACCCUCAGUAAUGUCACCCCAGUAAUGGCACCCUAAUAAUAUAUAACCUCCCCCAGUAAUGUCACCCCCAGCCACAUAACCUCCCCAGCAAUGCUCACCCCACAAUAUAACCUAGUAAUGUCACCCCACAAUGUCACCCCACAAUAUAACCUCCCACAACAUGUCCCCCACACACAGGCAACCUCCCCCAGUAAUGUCACCCCCACAAUAUAACCUCCCAGUAAUGUCACACCCCACACAUAACCUCCCAGUAAUGUCACCCACACAUAACCUCCCCUAGUAAUGUCACCCCACAAUGUCACCCCCACAAUAUAACCUCCCCAGUAAUGUCACACCCACAAUAUAACCUCCCCAGUAAUGUCACCCCAAUAAUAUAACCUCCCCCAGUAAUGUCACCCCAAUAAUAUAACCUCCCCCAUUAAUGUCACCCUAAUAAUAUAACCUCCCCAGUAAUGUCACCCCAAUAAUAUAACCUCCCCCAGUAAUGUCACCCCAAUAAUAUAACCUCCUCCAAUAGUCACCCCAAUAAUAUAACCUCCCCCAAUAAUGUAACCUCCCCAGUAAUGUCUCCUCAAUAAUAUAACCUCCCAAGUAAUGAAUGUCAACCCAGUAAUAUAACUUCUCCAAUAAUUAACGUCGCCCCAUAUUACAACGUCCCUAGUAAUUAAUGUCACCCCUUAUUAUAACUUCCCCAAUAAUGUCACCUCAGUAAUAUAAAUUCCCUUAGUAAUUGUCACCCCGUUAUAACUUCCCCAGUAAUUGUCACCCACCCAUUCUAUAACUUUCCCAGUAAUGAAUGUUACCCCAGUAAUACAACUUCCACAAUAAUAUAACUUCCCAGUAAUUAGUGUCAUCCCAAUAAAUUAGUGUAAUCUCAACACUAUUACUUCCCCCGUAAUGCUGAUAUACUCCCCACUUGGCCCCUCACAAGCCGAUACAUGGUGGAAGGAAAUGACAUAGCCGUGAUAUAAUAAUAACAAAGUGUUUAACCAGGAAAGAUAUUCUCUGGUUUCCAAGUACGGCCUGGGGAUUUUACUUUUGCCUAACAUCAGGGGAUCUUGUCAAUCUUUGUUUUAUUGAGAUAUUGAGUAGAUACUGAGAAAAUAUACAUUUUAUACUAGGAUGUAUCAGCAUAGUUAGUAAGCGUGAUACACUUUACUGUUAGCUCAUUUUUUAUAUAUUACUAAAUUGGUAGAUUAAGUUGGUAGAUUAACUGGAAGCAUAACUGGUAUUUGUAUGAGUGUAAUUGGGCUAUACAGAACUCUUCGUGUAUUCGCUAAUAGAGCGUGAAGCUGUCUAGCGAUCAGUAUUCUUUUAUUUUAUCACGGGCUUAAAUAGUCAUUGGUUGAGAUGUCAAAGAGAUAAAUAUAAAACCUGGUGGGCAGAGGAAGUGCCCUGGAAGACUAUACGACUCCCUUUCGAAGGAUUGCUGGGUACCUAGGAUGUUGAGAGCUGUUGGCAAACCAAUUGUCUCAUUGUCUCUGGUCCCAUUGCUACCAGUCAGGUAUGCUUUCAGGCAGGGACACCAUGCUCCUCAGUCAGAGCACAUCAGGUUGUUUCAAGUUGUCCAAGAUCCCAGACGGAGUACAAUUUUCUAUGCAAAGUAAUUUCCGCCCUUACUUCUGGGCAUCCAGGUAUGGAAGCUGUGCUUGUGUAGAAUAACCCAAAUUGCCCACUGCCUGAAGAAAAUUGGCCUCUCUCAUCAAGUGCAAUUUUGCCCUGUAACUGAAGAAAAUAGGGACCCAGAGAUUCUCCAUAGCCUCCGUCUCAGUAAGUCAGAGCGUGGCAAUGAAGAGAGCUGUGGUACAUUAGGUAUAGAUUUGGUCGCUAAGUCUGCACAAAAAGAAUUGCAUGGUUGGUCAAAUGCCUUUAGUAAGUACCACUCAGCAAAUCAGACACAUCAGUCAUUUUGGAACCUCCAGGUAAGAAUAUUGCAGUAGCAGUAACAAACACUCUGUAUCUGGCCUUGUGAGUUGCUGAGUUGGUCAGUGUAGGCUGGGGUCACCCACACCAGCCCAGAAGAUAGGGGGACAAAGCCCAUGCAAUUGCAGGAACACCACUGAAUGAGGUGUUGGACACCUCCCAGUCCAGUAGGCUUUAGAAAAGUCUGUCAAGAGGAAAAAAACAACAAAACUUUAUACACUUACAUAUAUUUCUAAAAAGCAGGUCCUCAUGAUGCAUGAAAUGAAACUGCAUCCCACUGUGAAACUGGGACAAGCCCUCAGGAAUAUAACUUGGCUAAAAAUGCUAUAGGUCAGUGAGUCACUGCAAGGUAAUAGUACCUCCAUUAUAAUACCAGUGUAGCUAGAUGUAAGUGAUCAGAGGUUCUUCAAGGAUAAAUUCAGGGCUCCUAAAUGUAAGAUAUAGUUAAUGGCAGCUCGGUCCUCUAACAUUGUAAUAAAAACUACAUGUGGAAAAUGUAAUCUAUUAUUCCUCACAAUACAGAUAUUGUAAUCUAACAGCGGGUCACCUUGAGAGGCUACAAGGGACUCUAAAUAAAGCCGCAUGUGGCAUAUAUUGGGCCAGUGAGUGUAAGAUAAUGGCAUCCCCAUUAAUAUAGUUGGGGUAUACAGGACUGUUAGCAGAUUCAGAGAAAACAAUAUAAGUAAUUUGGUGUUGGGGAACGUUUUUUUUUUUUACUACUUCUGUGUUAAGCCACUUCAUUGAACUGUCAGUAAGCCAGCGGCAGUGCUCUCUUCGUGGCUGGUAGUAUCAGGUGUGUGGUACAUUUGUGUCGUGUACAAAGCACACUAACCCCCAAAGAUCCACUUCUCAGACUAUUAAACUCUCUAACUCCCUGGUACACUGAAAUUAUAAAUCCUUUCUAGUUCUUUACCUCUGCCGUUCGUGGGUGAAGAAAUCUGAAAAAAAACAAAACGCAAGCCACUCUGUUUGGAAUUUGUCCCUUCAAAUUGGGUGCAAGAGGUUGCCAGCCCUUAUUGACUAUAACUAUUUUCCUCAGUGAGGUUGUUGCUGAUGCUUGUGGGAGUUAAAAUAUAUAUAUAUAUUUAAGUUUCUUUAUUUUGUCGUGCAUCGAUUAUACAAGUUACAUUUACGCCAGCAAUGCCACAACACCUAAUGUCAGUUUCCAUAAACUUAUAAAGACAAUUGGCAUGAAUAAACAGUGAACAUUUUUUAAUUUAAUAGGAGUAGACAGUAGUGUGGUAAAAGGCUGUGUAGGCUUAUCCAUUGACUGUUAAUAGAAGUGUAACAGGCGCCUGGUGAAUGAAUCGUGUAUGUAAAGGACUUAAACUUGCUAGGCAUGCUAUAUACAGUCAUCUAUAAAUAUGUAUUCGAUUUAAUGGAAUAAUUACAUAUAUUUAUAUAGCGCCAACAUAUUCCACAGUGGUGUACAAUCUAUUAACCAAGAUAAAUGAUUCUAACAAAACAUGCUUAACCGACAAGAAAAGUAGGUUGAAAAGGCCCUGCUUGCAAUCUAAAAAUAGUUGGGCAGCCGCUUUCUAAAUGAUGUGCAGAAAAUAACUCUAAUCAACCAUAUGCAGUGGUUGGCUGAGCCUGAUAAGAAUUAUAUGUAAAAAAUACAUUUUUAUAUAGCAAGUCGCCAUUUUAAUGGACACAUAAAAGUUUAAUAUUUAAAGGGACACUCUGCACCAAAACCACUAGAAUGCUGUUUCUUAUAAUUGGCAAUGUUUAUAUUUGUCAGAAUGCUGCUAAUGUCUGUCAUUCAGACAGCCUUUAGAAGUACAAUCUUCACAUUUAGCCUCCUUACACACUGUGUGCUUGGUGGAAAAUAAUCUAGACCUCAGGGGCACCAACUUUACAAACUUUUUUUAAUCUUUGUGUUACUUUUAACCCCUUAAGGACCAAACUUCUUGAAUAAAAGGGAAUCAUGACAUGUCAGACAUGUCAUGUGACCUUAAGGGGUUAAAUGGCAUUUGAACCAAUACUGAUGAUUUUUUUUUAAUAUAUGUAAUAACUGUCCCUAAAUCUCAAUAAGCCACCAAGUUCCUAUUUGGCCUGGAUAUUUAUCGUCAAAUGCAAAGGGUUGAGUGUGGGUCUUUUUUUUUUUAAUUUUUUUAAUUUUUUUUUUAAACUGCUGAGGCCACUUUGGCAGCUAACGAAAGGUCCAUUUUAGGUCUUACAAAAACAUUUUUGCAAAAAUGUACUAUAUAAUUUUUUUUUAUUAUUUUUAAAAAUUAUGCACAUCUUUGGACAUCGAGCCCUGCUGUAGCACAUUUAAUUUAAUAAAGGGGUUUUAUAUGAUUGCAUUUUAAAUAGAGGAUUAAUCCUCUAGAGCCUGUUAUGUGCUUGCCAUCCCUUAUUGGUGUUAUCUAAGCUUGCAUUGUUUUGAAUGAAAUGAAAUCAUGUGCCUGUCAGAUGGACCCAGUGAUAGCACUUGACUGUUUGUAUUAACAUUAACCCCUUAAGGACACAUGACGGAAAUAUUCCGUCACAAUUCCCUUUUAUUCCAGAAGUUGUGUCAUUACGGGGUUAAUUGGAUGACGGCACACUUCACUGAAUACAAACCAUACUGUAUAUUUGUAUAUACAUUCAAACAUAUAAAGAGAUCUGUAGUGGAUCUUGACUGUAAGCACUUUUCAGCACUACUUUCUUCACAUCUCACACCUGUCAUGUUUAUUUUGUCCGUCAGUUACUUGCUGUUGUACGUCUCUACUGUAUUUGAAGUGGCUGCCGAAUCUGUUGUAUAACUGCUAACAAUAGGAACAUCAGGCUAAGGGGGGAUUGUCGUGCACUCAUAAUUUUUUUUUUUUUUUUUUUUUAAGCGCAUUACAUUUCAUCUGUACACUGCUGGCGUUUUUGCUAGCAAGUUGUAUAGAUUGGGAGGGAAAAAAAAACGAUUUUAAAAAUAGGUCUUUCUCCCACUUCUUUUUUCAGCACUGACUCAAUACAAUUUGACUGACAAAGGAGAGCAGAAAAGACCACCCCAGGUGGUCCUUUUGCUCUCCCAAGCAUAGUAAUCAUAGUACAUGCGCUGUGGUUGUUAUAGAAAUAGCCUACCUAGCGCUAGGGAGAUCGUGGUAUACUGACCUCACUGAGAAGGUUUGCUCUGCUUGGGGAAGUACUCCCAAGCACAGCAAAUCACAGAAGACGGCAUACAUGAAAAUCUCGGCGCUGGAACGGAGGUGAGUAUAUCUCUGUAUUUUUCUGAUAUGAUAUAUUUGGAAGCCAUUUAAUGCAAUUUGGUUUUUACAUUAGAUGUUCACUUUAAAUCUACAUUCAAAGAUUGACAUGAUGGCAUUUAACCCCAUGUCUCCCCCAUGUGUUUUAUUUAUUUAUUUAUUUUGUGUUAUCAUUUUUAACAUUCUGGUUAUUUUACUGCUGGAUAGUAUAAGGCAGGGCUCAAAAAUUCUAGUUGCCUACUAGCCUUUGGUGAGUGUCUGUUUGCCAUUUACCAUACAGGCUUGCAAUUGCGAGUGAUAUUUUGGCUUGCGUAAUAGCAAAGGAUGUCAAAUUUUGAGCCCUGGUAUAAAGUAUUUUCUUUACCAAGUUGUGUUGUAAGGAUGAAUGUUACUACAAUCCAGAAUGUAGAAAGUAUUCAGUUGCUUUCUGGUUAAAUGUCCAGCAUCCUCCCCACUCACUGAACUAUAAACCGCUGUUUCCAAAGAACGCGUGGGUGUUUCCUUUCCAGUGGAAAACAUUGACUGUGGUAUGCAUUGUGCAUUCCAUCCGUGUAUUUGCAAUAUGCUUGGACUGCAAGCUCUUAAUGCAAUGUAUGGGGGGGGGGAUCUGUGACACCUUGUGUCUGACAACAUUGUAACUUUUUAAAGCGGAUCUUUUACUUCUGUGUAUUUCGUUUAUAUGUACUCUUUAUAAACUACUAAUGCUGGCUGUUGGAAUUUUAUUGAAAAUCUAACACCCCCCAAAAGUAUCAUAAGACAAAUUAGAGACUACUAGGAGCCAGAGUUUGACAGGAUGCAGAGCUCCCCAUCAAUUCUGUCAAAUCCCGGCAGCCUUUACAAGUGGCGGCUGUGGGAUUGAGGCAUUGUCUUGAUUACUGUGAGGUUCUCUCGGGAUCCUCCCUAGAUCUCAAUGUUAUACUAUUGUGCAUGUGCAAGAAUACAGCACUCUUGGCAAAUGUAGCUUAUAAUAGUGUUCCUUUAAGGCCACAAAUCCCUUUUUAGAUUCUUGAAAUUGUUUCACAAUUUGUGAUACAUUGUGUAUUAUUGCCAUGAUUGUAUACCUAUUGAGUGACCGGGACUAUUGGCAACUUUUUGUUUUGUUGUAAACUGUUUGAUUUAUUUAUUUAUUCAUAUAUCCUGAUGUGGCAUUAUGACAUUGUCAUAUGUAUGUCUUCAGAAACAUGCAUGUUUCAGUGUAAGCAUAUCAUUACAAUAUGAAAUAUAGAAGUAGUUGUGUCUGUGGGUUUUCCUUAUAAAUUAUUCACGUAUGCAUGUAUUGGUCUGUGACUUUACUGAUAGAUUGCAGGCAGAAUUUCACAUUGUACUUUUAUUAAGCCUUGAAGUCACUAAGAGGGUUAAUAGGCUUACUGAAUGUUUGUUGCAUACUUGUCUUGUUAAUGUGCCCUGGACCUCCUGUGCUUUGUCUAAUGCAGUGCAUUGCUAUGUACACAGACACGACUUGUGAUAGUUACUAUGUAUGUGUGGUAUGUACUUUCACUUACAUUGAGACCGGCAUUGCUGCCUGUACCAUGUUAUCCCAUACCAAGCCAGAUUGUGGGUUGAAGACCAAGCCCAGGGUGAGGUUUGAUGGGGGAUUGUGGAAUGUGUGCAGCUAAGUACGGUUUGUAGCAGGAGCUUAGCAUGUUCUGAACUGUAAUGCCAGAGUAAUGUAAUGUGAUUUGGAGUUCCAUUAAUUACAUUUCCCUGCCUUUAAUUCAGACUGUUAAUACUUGGUUUUACUAUUUUAUUAUAAUUAUGAUCAGCAUUUGUAGAAAACAAGUUUAUUCUGCAGUACCUUACAGUUAUAAAGUGGGGAUAUAUAGCAGCAAGAACUUGACAGAUACUAAAGGUGAAGAGGGUCUGGUCUUUCUCAAAAAAGUAUAGUGUGGAAUAUUUUCAAAUAAUGUUUAUUAACAGAUUUUAAACAUUUCAAUAAAAUUAAAAACUAAUAGUGAUUUUUUUUUAGGGAGGGGGGAAUGGAUUAUUUAUUUUUUAAUUUUCUCUCCCCAAGUUUAAAUGGUAAUCCAGGCGUGCACCCCUUGCUCACAGUGCCUAGAGGUGUAUCUGCUAUGCCUAACGUGGCUUAAAUUAAUAUUUAGGGUUGAUGUUUCUCCCAUGCAGAGAGAGACCCGGCCUGCAUUUCAGAUCUGUACCAUCCUUGUGGGUGGGAUCAGUCUAAUAUGUGAAUAGCUCCCAGGCUCUGCUUGCAAAGGAGAUGUAAAUAUGCCUUAGCAGACUUCAGUGCGCUCUGAUAAUCUGUUUUACAAAGAAUUGGCAUGUGGCAGUCCAGAACAUGUGCAAAUAUCUCUAAAUAUGCAGCAUUUUAAUACAGACUCCCACCAACAUGACCAUUUCAAAUCACUGAAGUGAUCAUGGUGGUUAAAGUAACUCUUUAAAAUUUGAAAUCCUUUUUGGAAUAACCCUAAAAGUGUUUCAUGGUGACAGGUUUCUCUUGAAUUAGGUACAGCACAAGGCAAUAGUGCUAAAGAGACGGAGGGCCUACGUUGGAUGUUUUGUGUACUGGUUUAAUUGCUAUAGCAUUUGUGUUGUAAUCCUGACAAUGGACCAGUUGCCAAGGACAGUAUACACAAUGCAAAUAGCCUAUCUCUGGGUGCAAUUCCACUUCUAAUGCACAAAUGGUGACUCCUGCCUGCAGGGUUCUCUAUUUCAUCAAUGCACGAUUUUUUUCUUCUAUGUUUUGCACCGUGUACAGCUUGUACAGAGGGUAAACUCUUUCAUACUGACUGGAACAGGACCCAACCCCCAUGUUUGCUUAUCUGGGUAGUCCAGUAUACAGUGUAUUUAUAUUCAGUCAUGAUAUUUUACUUGUCCUUUUUAGAUGCAAAAUAACUAACUAUUGCAAUUUCUACUUGUGUUUUUUUUUUUUUUUUAAAUGUAUUUUUUUUUUUAACUGUCUACCAAAUGCACGUACAUCCUAUAAUAUUUCUGUGGACUAUUGCAGUUGUUUGUUUUCGUAUAGUUGCCUGUCUAGGAAUAAAACUGGAGCGUCUCUUAAAUGAGGGGUGCACAGUAUUCCCAAUAUUAAUAUUUAUACACUGAAUGUCUACAGUAAAAUACUGACACCAGUGGCACACCAUUGACUUGGCCCACACUGUGGAAAGACUAACAUCACCAAUGACCCUGUCUUCUACUAGAUGCACCAUACACUUUGAGUAUUAGACCAACUUACAAAAUAGUGCUCUUGUGGACCUGUUAAGUAUUGCUUUGUUUUUAUCUGUUUUGUGCAAGCCACUUUUUUUUUUUUAUAUAGAGAAGUGCAUAUUGUGGCUGUCUGACUGCUAUUUAAAGAAUUCUGACUGAUAAAUGUAAACAUUGUAUUUCUCAGGAAACUGUAAUGUUUGUUUUAAGUGUGUGUUUUCCUAACUCUAUACUUUUUAAAGGACAACUGUCACCUCAAAACUGUUUUACUAUAAUAAUCCUUUCAUCAAGUUUUUUUGAAAGUAAAAAUAUAUACCUAUUUUAUUUUCAUUUUUUUUUUUAAAGGGAAAAAAAAAGGGGGAGAGAGAAAUUUCAUCUAUGCCAUUGUAUAUUACAUGAUCCUGCAGCAAUAUACGUGUACCUUGGGCCAGACUGUGUUUGAAAACAGACCGUGCUUUGGAAGAUUAUAGAGUCUGCCGGUUUUCAAACACUAUCUAACCCAAGGUACAUCUAUAUGGCUGAAGGAUCCUGUCAUAAUGGUACGGAUAAGUGUUUUGUUUUUGUGUAUGUAUAUACAGUGCAUAUACGCAUUCUACACACACAGUAUUUACUUGAAUCUAAUACGCACCUUUAUUGUCAAAAUAGUCUCCAAAAUUUGAAUAUGCAUUAGACUACGAUUUCAGUACUAGCAAAAGCACAGUGCAAUAAAAACAAACCGUUCAUGGGUACUACUCUCUAACUUAACUAGUUGCUCCUCACUUUACAACAACUUCGUGAUACGGCAUGCGAUGCAAAUUUGCUGGGGAAUCAAGACGUGGUUUCUGUGUACAAUAAAGCUGUACCUCGUACCUCGCAGAACUUGUAUCUAUUUGUAGAAAUGCAUGUUACAUUUGUCAACGAAAACUUUUUGCGGCUUCCAGGUUUCAAAAUUUAAUUAUGCAUUAGAUUUGUAUAAAUAUAUGUAUGUGUCUCAUAUUUAAUUUUAAAUAAUAAUAAUUACGUUUCCUUUUAAAUCUUGAUGAAAGGAUUAUUAUAUUAAAAAAUAGUUUAGGAGACUGUUGUCCUUUAAUCUAGCUAUGGUAGUGACCUCACCUCUGUGUGACUUCUCGAAAGGUGACAUUUACUUAUAACUCUCAGCCCUUGUUGCACUGGUCUCCAUCCUCCUGGCAUGUCUCCUUGCCUGAGAUCUUUAAGAUUAAUAAUCUUGGCCAAUACAGUGCUUUCCCAUCGAAAACCAUUGGGAGUUUAGUGUAUCAUCAUGACAAAAUGCCGAGCUGUGCCAAUCAGUCCCUUAGGCUAUCUGAUAGAAAUAGCUUAGUUUCACUCAGAAAUUAUGACUUGUGGCUCACAAAAUGAUUCACAUUACGCAUUCCACCUCUUCCUUUCAUUGAAUUUUAUCUGUGCUACAUUCCUCUAAUCUAUUUGUUUGACGUAAUCAGGAAAUUUAAGUAGGAAUGUUCAAAGGUUCUUUGACAAUUACAUCAUCAGUUGAGUCACAAUGCAAUUAAGUGCUUGAUUUGCGCCCUUUGCCUGUGGCUGUUCCCUUAUUGGUUUUUGUUGGUUCUCCCCACCUCCCUUAUGGGUGCAGUAAGCCCCAUGUAACAGCCAAAUAUAUACUUUAUUUUUUUUUUUUAUUGUACCUGAAGGAUAUGUAUUUCCACUAUAUAUUAUGUAGGUGGGAUAAAGCUGAGUACUUAGGCCCCACGUGAAGAGUGGGGAACAUAUUUUUAUUUUUAUUUUUUUUAAUUAUAACAGAUUUCCAGUAAAUCUUAUUAUUAUAGGUGCCAGUAGUAACCCACUUAGACUUAGUUUUACAUAAACUUACCAGUGCCAUCCUGAAACCUGCGACUAUUGUUUCCUCUUGCUGGUAAUGUAUGACACACAUGUGACCUAACAGAGCUUUUUGUUGUCUAGUAGGGCAUUCACUUAUAUAUUAUAUUUAAAUAAAGCCAUUUCACAGCUGCAGCCACUUUGUGCACUCUGCCCCCUAGUGAACAGAUUUUAAGAAAAAAUAUAAAGUGUAACAAAACAAAUACAAUGUUGUAGCUAUCUCAUGGUUCAUGGGUGUGAAGUGGCUUGCUUUUGUGGUCACCGGUGUUUUAUUUUUAUUUUAUGUUUAUUAAAAUCUGGACAGAUGUUGGAACUUGUCCGAGCAUACAUAUUGAUUUGUGGGGUUAUGAGUGUGUGUGCAAAUGUGGCUUUACUUUGGUUACCUCAUUGGCUACCUAACAUUUUGAGUUUUACUUUGAAAAUAGGAUUCUGUAUCCAUGUGAACAAGUUUGAAUAAGUGUUUAUCUUUUGGAGGGUGGGGUAUAGUGUCUUUAUGCAACCUUCUAUAAAGAAUUGAGCUUUUUUUUGGAAUGUUGGUGGUCUCGGUUUAUUCAAAGGUCUAUAAGGUUUGGCAGAUUCAGGAUAGUAACCAUUUGUAUGUGUGUUUAUUGUGAGGAUUAUGUUCUCAGUCUGUGUACAAAGGUAAAUGUGUAGGGUUGGUUUACAAGGGCUGGUUGGGUUUCAGUGCCCAUGUAUGUUGGGUUCAUAUAAGUUUUAGGUUUCACUUGGCAAGGUGGGGUCCUCUCUCUGUAAAUAGGUUUUGUUUUUUUUCUGUAGAAGUGAAUCACUACUGACAGACAGCUCCUUAAAAUAGGCAGGUACGUAUGAGAUCUGGUUACACAGGUGACAGUAGGGGUGUAACCACCUAUUAGCUUUCACACAUAACCAGCUUCUUUUUUUUUUUUUUAAGGUUGAUUUGCCUUAUAACUGGCUGUGUGCGCUCAAAACAGGACUUCCUGGACUGUGUGCUGUCAAAGGAUUGUGGGGAUUGCCUAACCCUAUCUCAAAGCUAGAUACCUGGCCUUUAUUCAGAUUCUGCUAAUGAGUCACUUUAAAAAGGUUGCUGUAAGUAGCCUUGAAAAUGUAGGAAGUUAUUUGGCUCAGGCAAGAUCUAAUAGUCCUGUGUCUGUGAGCGCAUUUAAAGGAACACUCCAAACACCUUAAUUUGUACCUCUUUCCUAGGAUAUGUGUAAGGGGCUCCUUGUCCUUCUGUGUACCAUGACGUCAAGGCAUUAACAGAAUGGUAGUGUGGUCCCUGGGGCACUGGAAUCAGGAAUGCAUGUUUGUCUUCGUACAAAUUCAGUGAGCAUUGCGUUUCCGCCGUACUUCUUACUUCCUCCUAUUUCCUACAGGAAAUAACAUUUUCAGGCUUUAAUAAUGCCUCAACACUCCACAUCUAAUGGGAUGUUAAAUGCUGGAAGUGAUUAAAAUUUUUAAUGCAUUAAAAUAUUCAAAAAUAAAAUUAAAAACUGCUGCAUUUGCUGGUUUGCUACUUUUUCAGUUAAGCAUGCCAUAAGAGAAAGUAGCCAGGAACACGGCUUUUGUGCUUUUGAGAAAAAAAAACUGAAUUUAACAUGAUUUAUGGAAUAAGUAGUUAAAGGGUCACACUAAGCUCCGAAAAAUACUACAAAAUAUUGAUGUAGUGAGUUUUGUGCAAAUCCCCAGUCUGGCAAAUGAAAAGAGACGUUUCUAAGAAACCAUUGCUACUGGAGAAGCUUCUUUAUCAAGCCUUUCAUUUGAAAGUCUCCAGGUUUGGUGUCCCCGAACCCUUUAAAUGCUUCUCAAAGAAAAGCAUUGGAUUCGGUGCUUCUUUACCAGAAACAUCUGAUUGGCUGAGCUUUGUUAUUGUCGCACAUGUUUAGUAGUAGUGCCCCAAUGCUGUUUAUUUAAUAUAUUUUAACAGGGUUAUUUACUAAAAAUUGUUGUGUAUUCAACCAUGUCAAAAUCAGACGUCAGACGAUGGAGGGGGACCUAAUGUGCAGCGAGUGCUAUGAGCACAUUAGCCCUUCCCCAUAGGAAAACUUUGGAUCUGUGCUUUCCUGUGGGGUUUUGCUUAACAUUGGGUGUUUUUACUUGACGUGAAGUGUCGAUUCACAAGGUCAAACUCCUUUAAACUGCAGGAAGCACCACUAGUGGCUGUCUGGUAGAAAGCUGCUAGAGGUGGUCUUAGCACUGAAAUGUAAACAUUGCAGUUUCUCUAAAAAUAGACACAUGGGGCGGAGCCAAGCACACCGGACGCACAUUACAUGGGCUCCGUGUGAAACCGAGAAAUUUCUAAAGAAAAAACACCCACAGAGACAUAAAAACAGUGGCAGGCUUACCUAUGGGGCGCAAAAGUAAGAAGCUUAAGCCGGAUAAGCCCAAAACGAACAUGCACAUUGGGGAACUCCUGCGACGAGCGCAUGGCUCACAUCAAGGUACGAGGGGUUCCGGACGAAAUCCCAGCAGGAGAACUACCGCACAUGAUGCGGAGACUGCUCUGCGCCCUUCUGACCCCCAAACAGGCCAAGAAUGUCCACAUUGAUGGGACUUUUAAAAUCCCAAAGCCACACCAAACACCUGCAACCACCACUGGAGACAUAGUGGUACGACUAACCUGCAACAGAGAUAAAGCAGCAAUAAUGGCGGCACUAAAAGGACUAUCGCCUUAUAGUUUCGAAAAUGUCGCUGACAUUUUACAAUGACCUUUCAGGGGACACACUCAAAUGGAGACACUCCCUGCGACCCUUCACAACAGCACUCAGAAACGGAGACAUUCCGUAUAGAUGGCGUACCCCUCGGAAACUACAAAUCACACAGGGAAACAUCACUCACGAGAUCCGAGAUGUGGAUGAAGCAGCUGCCAUGCUGGCAACACUGGGUCUCCCGAAGGACUCACUUACCGGGCCUAGCACAAGAGGGGCCACCAAGCCGUCGCAUGUCUGGGACCCAGCAAGAAUCACCCCCUUUAUCCCGGCGGAUGGACGUGCCACAGAAGCAACCUGAGCAGAUCGUUUAUAUUUUUAAUUACUUGCUUUAUUAGUUAAACCUGUUCAUGCAUAUAUGUUUAAGUUUACGAUGACUGUAUAACCAACACAACCUAAUAGCCACUGACGGGGGCCAAUAUGGCCCGACAACAGAGAACCCAUAAUCUCUCCCCCCCCCAGCCUCUGCACCCCAAGACAAUCCCAAACCCACUCAAGCUACACCCAGAGGCGUAAAAUCUUUACGACCCAGCUAACCACCCAGAUAUUGAUGACGCACCAACUCAAAACAAGCGCUCCGGAAUUUGCGCAGUCUCCAACCUAUACACUAUGCUAUCCCCUAACAUUGACCUCCUACAUGACUUAAGGAGCGUAGUGAUGCCCACACAGAGGCCACAAUCCAGCCGGCAUAGGAGACACAGGACCAAUCACUUCCAUAGCCCUGACAGACCACACCACCUAGAGUACGCUAGGGCCUAAGCCAUCAUAUUAUGCAUAACCCUGUAGAACCUUUUUGAUAACUAAAGUUAUUUACGUCACUUAUGCUACUAAGCAGUAAAAUACAAGCCCCAAGUUCCUCAGCCGAGCACAAGCUCUCUGUCCAACAUAUACGUUGUAACCUCAGCUGCGGAUAUACACUACACAGCUAUGUUUCUACUUUAAUGUUAUAUUCGUUUUAAAAAACUAAAAUGUGCAACUCAAUCCAGUCACGAUAUUGUACCUGUUGCUAAGCCUGUCCUGCUAUCGUGGCACUUCAGGCCUGUAUGUACAUCCUAUUGCACGAAAAAUAAAGAAUAAAAAAAAAAAAAAAAUAGACACAUAACCUGUAAAGUGGCAAGUCACUCUAUAGGGUGUGUUUUUUUAGUACUUCGCACUAAGCUAUGGGUCUGCAUGGAUGGAUGUUUGGGAUUUGUAGAACAUGUCGUAUGAGCUUUUGGCGGGACAGAGGAGUAAUUAUGGCUUCCUCUUCUAACGUUGGUUAUUGAUGGGUUGGGGUUUAAAGCUGCAGAGAUCUUUACAAAUGGCUGUAGUUAGAAGUUACUAUGCCAAGGGAGACAAAGGAGACCACUUUAUUCCUUAGCCUAUGCAAGAACUAUAGGCUGUUGCUCUGUGAAACAUUAUAUAACCAUCAGGUGCUACACCUUCAAAGCAUACUUCUGAUUUAUUUACUUACUCACUUUUGUUUUAUUCCACCAUGUCUCGUACUGAGGCCGCAGCCAUGCAUUUGUUGUUGUUGUUGUUGUUGUUUUUUUUUUUGUUUUUUUUUUACUAAACCUGUAUCCUGUAUUUGUUCUUUCCUAGUUUCUCAAUGGAGACCUGUAUAAGAGACCCUUCAAUGAGUCGUUUGAGGAGACCCCUAUGUUUGUGGCUGUUCUCACUUACAUGGGCUAUGGAAUCCUUACUCUGUUUGGCUACCUGCGGGAUUUCCUCAGGGCAUGGAAGAUAGAAAAAUGUCACAAUGCCACAGAGAGGGAUGAUCAAAAGGUGAAUACACACUCCAAAGCCUAUAGUCAUAUAUAUAUAUAAUUUUUUUGUUAUUAUUUUUUUUUUUUGGAAGUCUUCUAAAUAUCAGACAUUCAGAGUGGCUUUUGUUGGACUACAUUGACGCAUGAUGGGGCACUCAGUAGAGAGAUCUUUUGGUUUUCCGCACGCGGGGAAUUAGCAUGAGGGGAGUGGGUUGCUCUGUAUAACUGUAUCUGGCUUCUUGUAUGUGGUACACUGCUCAUCAAACCAUGGGAUUCUAUUUAACUCUUGAUCUGUUUGAAUUUGUGUUGCAGGAUUUUGUGCCCCUUUAUCAGGACUUUGAGAAUUUCUACACACGCAAUCUGUAUAUGAGGAUCCGUGAUAACUGGAACAGGCCUGUGUGCAGUGUCCCAGGAGAACGGGUUGAUGUUUUAGAACGAUAUACAGAUGAUUACAACUGGACGUUUAAGUAAGUCUUGUAGCAAUUGGAGCAUAUAAGGGUAAUCCUCUAACACUAGAAUGGCUAAGCGAAAUUUCCUAGUGUCGAAUGAAUGUGUGCAUUAUAAUUGGAUAUUGGUUCUGCAACCACCGUCCCCUCUACAUGAAUCUUUGUCUGCAAUCAUCGUGGACUCUGUUUAUAUUCUAGGAGCUGAGAAUCUAAAUAGAAUGACUUAAAAAGGACCGUCAGAGCGCAAUAACUGCUACUGUAGUGAUAAUGAUGCCAGGAGUCCCUGUUGACAUAUUGCAUGUUGUCAUCAGGUCCAAUUAGAGAUAUUGCUAAACUAGAAAUUUAUCAAUUUUUUCCCCCCAAGUUUUAAUGGAAUUGAGACUGUCAACCAACACUCAGAAUUUAUGAAUUUCAUCCAAAAACAAUGGAAUAUAAUAUUGCUAAUGAAAAAAAGGGAGCUUCCUAUUUAGAGAUACCUCUAACAAGAUGCCAGACCAUGGACAUCCGAGGGACUCACGGUUUGUUCUAACCUAUGUAAAAACUGUGUGACACAUAGCCAUUACAACAAGCAGUAGUGGGUAUGGUACUUAUAGUCCUCCUUUAUGUAGAACACCCACACUCAAUGCCUUGAACAUUGUCUUAUUGCCAUUGUUAGUAGUGUGUGGGUGAAGUUUUUCAAAUGAAUUGGUUUUAAGACUAACUGUUAAGGAACAGGUGCCUUGUGAGAAAGCUGUCUGAAAACUAAGAACUGCAGGAGACACUGCUGUUUUUAUAUCUUGCCUUCACACCAAGCCUAAAUGUUGAGCUUCACAAAGCCCACAGUGUGUCCAAUUUCAGCCAGAACUUGUGUGUUCUGUGAACAAAUAUGGUCCCCGAUUUGUCUGUGAUUGUUGUCUGUAAGCCCCAGUUGGCAAUGGUCUAUUUAGUAUGUAACUGUUUUAAAACGUUCACACGGUUUGCUUUGUAAAAAGCACAUCACUUGAUGCAUGGCUGGUUUUUCUUUAAUAUUAAUAUUCAUUAUUGGUGUAACUCUAUAAUAUUGGAUUAUUGAUCACUUUCUCCACCCACAACUUCUAGUGGUGCCAGCAGUAAGUUUCAAGUAUUAAUAUUGAAAUCAAGGGGAGAAGUCCGUGUGAGAGUUAUCCCUGUGUUAAAAUAAUAACAAUAAUGAGUUUUAUUGAGCAGUAAAUUCUGAUUUUUUUUUUUUUUUUUUUUGUUUGAAGAGUGUGCGAUUUGUUUUAGGGAAUGUUCUAGAUUGGACUGUUUAACAUUGCUUGCCCCUUCAGGUUCACAGGCCGGGUGAUAAAGGGCGUGAUUAACAUGGGCUCCUAUAAUUACUUGGGCUUUGCACAGAACCAAGGUGUCUGUGCGGAAAGAUCGGCGCAGGUACUGCAUCAGUACGGUGGUGGAGUGUGCAGCACCCGGCAGGAAAUGGGUGAGUUUGGUUGGAGCACAAAAGUCAUUUUUGUUUAACUUACUCCUUUUUCAGUUUGAACCCUUCCUGUCUACUCUUAUUCAGUUCGUCUCGUUUAUGAAGAUAUCUUUUACCUUUUGUUUGUCCAUUCUCAUCUUUAGCUCUUCCAUUUUACAGGAAACUUGGAUAAGCACGAGGAAUUAGAGGCCCUUGUUGCUCGGUUCCUGGGCGUCGAAGCUGCCAUGACAUACGGCAUGGGCUUUGCCACAAAUUCAAUGAACAUUCCAGCCUUGGCAGGCAAGGUGUGUGGUUAUCCACCAGUGGGAGGAUUGGCAUGGAUAUUUGUUGUGACCUCUCUUUUUAUUUAAGAGGACUACUGUUACCUAUAGUUUAAACCACCUAUUAUCCUUUACAGAACACCCUGGUGGUGCUGGUUUUAUUACUUCAUUUUGAAAAUUACGUGUUAGAGUAAAAUAAUAUAAUACAGAAUGCACACUAUAAACAACCACGAUUACCAAGUACAAAACUUUAAUAAGUAGGCAAAUUACAAUGAAUAACAAACACUAAACUAAGUAACAAAAUGAGGUAAAUAGUAAUCAAGAGUAAUUUACCCACAUUUUCCAAGCCUCAAGGCAGAAACACAAGUAACCAACUCCCCCCAACGUUUUGGCACCAAAUGGUACCCUUGAUAACAUUUUGUAUUUGAUAAUUGUGGUUGUUAUAGUGUGCAUUCUGUAUUAUAUAUAGAUCUUUGUAUUUAAGCACUUGAGGUAGUGUUUAUAUGGUUUCCACCUGGCUUUUUGUGACUAUUAAUUUGUGUCUCCGUGUGAUUUUGGUUUAUAUAGAGUAAAAUUAAAUAUCAUUUGUCACCUAUUGCAGGGCUUGAACAAUUUGCUUUCAAUCUAGGAGCCAGCUAAAAAAGUUAGGAGCCAGUUUCUGCGCCCUCCCCACCAUGACAAAAAUACAAUUCUUAAAGUUACACUAUAGUCACCAGAACCACUAUAGCUUAAUGUAAUGGCUCUGUUGUAUAUAGCCUGUCCUUGUAGACUUUUCAAUGUAAAAGCUGCCUUUUCGGAGAAAAGGCAGUUUUUACAUUGCUGCCCAGUAACACUUCUAGUGGCUGUCACUCAGAUGGCCACUAAAGUGUCUCCUAUCUUAAUCCACAAUGAGCAGCACCUACAUUCAGCGUUUCCAUGCUCUGCAUGGAGGCGCUGAACGUUACCCAUAGAGAUGCUUUUAAUGAAUUGAUUUAAUGCAUCUCUAUGAGGAGAUGCUGAUUGGUAAUUGAUGAUCUGAGCUACAAAGGUGGGCCAGCUACAGCGAGACCAGUACGGCGCUGGGUAAAAAAGGUAAAAACAUAAUUCCCAUUGCGAUCGGAGGGGGCUGGUGACCUAAACCUACACAUUCAUUGACAGACUUCCGGACUGACACACUGAGAGAGACAGUCACAGAGAGAGACAGAAACACUGACAGAUGCAGACACACACACACACACACACACACACACUGACAGAGUCACUGAGACUGACACACACAAAGUAUUAUUAUUGAUACACUCAAAUAUAUACACACACACACUCAUACAUAAGCACAGACAAAUACACAUACAGACAUGAUAAAUACACAGAAAUUAGAAAAGAAAAAUACAUAUGUUUAGCAACCCUCCUACCUUUUCAGCUCAGGAGGGUGGUUCCCCUGGGGUCCAGUGGGACUGGGCAGCUGCAGGUGAAAACUGGUUAGUGGGGCUGGCUGCGGCUAAUGGGAGUAGGCAGCCGCUGUUUCAGACUCCCUGCUUCCGCCUCCUCCUGUCUCUCCAGCCCCGUGUGAGCCGAGAGGAAGUGAAGGGAGCUUUAAUAACUUCCUCUCGGUGCUGAGGUCACACAGGGUAAAGGGUGGCUGGUCGGCUCUGCGGCGUGGGGGAGGGAGGCGGCCAGGGAACAGGAUCGGCUCUGCAGCAUGCCGGCGGGAGGCGAGCAGGGUUGGCUUUGCUUUACCUGGUGUCCUGCCAGGUUAGCUUGUCAUGCCCCUGUGCUGCCUCUGCACCUGGAGGAAGUAAUUACAGUUCUUUACUUCCUCCCGGCGCACACAGCGCUGCACGGGGAUCGAGACAGGAGGAGGAGGAGGGAAUGGGCUGACCAAUCCCAGGUGCCAGGACAAAAUAUUGAGUCGCCAUGGCGACCUGGCGCCUGGGAUUUGUUGAGCCCUGACCUAUUAAACUUUGAAUUCUUGCAAAAACUACUAAUCACACCAUAAACUCCAAUUUACUCAUUACACAGGAAAUAGUCUGAUUAUUUUAUUGGUAGGAGGCCUAGAUAUUUGAACAGAAAAUUAACUUGCUGAGUUCAAUUGCAGCAUUAGAAGAUGACAUGCUUGACAGUUUUUUUUUAAUUAAUCACUGCACAAUUCUAGAACUCGUUGACUGGAUUAAGUGAAUCCAAUAUUGGUUUAUAAUGUUUAUAUCUCCUUUUAUUUCAGGGCUGCCUAAUUUUGAGUGAUGAGCUAAACCAUGCUUCUCUGGUUCUGGGAGCUCGGCUCUCAGGGGCCACAAUACGGAUUUUCAAGCACAACAGUAAGUAGAAGAAGGCACCCCCUAGAGCUGCAUCCGUUAUGUUUCUUGAAAUGCAAGAAUUCUGUGGACAAUGCUUUAUUAUUAUUAUUAAAACCAAAGAAAAAAGUUAGUUGUGCACUAUUCCAAAUCCCCAUGCAUAUUUAUAUAAAUGGAUGUUUUUUGUUUAACUCCAGUGGCCAUUAGAUGUAAGCCCACCUGCCACGUCAAGGCAAACCUCUUAGGUGGGUCCUACACUAACAAUUUACCUUGCUUCCUUCAGCUUCAGGCAUAGAAAUCUGAGACAGAAAGGAGUCUAUAAUGAGGCAAAUCAUGACCGCAAAACUAAUAAUUGUUCUGAUUUGUUUAAACAUUUUGUUAUUGAAAUUAUUUUUGUCACAUUUAAGACUGUUACAGCAAACUUUGGCUUUAAGUCUGAGCCAGCGAUCAGGCUAUAUCAGUGUAUGAGAUUUCUGAUCACACUGUCUUUUUGCACAGACAUGCAGAGUCUAGAGAAGUUACUUAGAGAUGCCAUUGUGCAGGGACAGCCACGCACUCACAGACCCUGGAAGAAAAUCCUGAUUGUGGUGGAAGGAAUUUACAGGUAGAAACUGAUUUUUGCAGUGUUCUUAGUAUAUUUGUCUGGAGAGAAGAUUGAUAGUAGUUCUUGUGUGAAAAAGUAGCAGUUUCCAUUAGACAAGAAAGAGUCCAAAUAAAAUUCCGGUCAAUCGUCGGAACAAAUCCAUCCUGAAAAUUUGGUUCAUUCACAAACUAACCGAAUCAGUCACCCAAAUUAAAAUGUGUUUGUGUUUUUUUUUUUUGUUUGUUUGUUUGUUUUUGUUUUGUUUUUAUUUGGUUGAUUUGAUUCUGAUUCAGUUCACUUUUGAAGGAACCAAAUUUUCAGAACAGAUCAGUUCAGCUAUUUCCAGGAAUUGUAGAUUCAGUGUAUAUGAUAUAGGGAAAUAGACUGGCUUUCUCUCUGUUUCUGGGAAAGGAAGCAAUCAGCUUUUUUAUUGGAAUUUUUGUGCAGGGAAGAUGUAAGCAUUUCGCAAUGUUUGCGUGGGGUGGGUGUUAAGUGUUUCUCAAUGGAAUACAUUCACUAAAUUAUGUAAUAUUGUACAUUUGAAUAAAUUUUUUUUUUUGUUUGUUUCUAAAAGCUUCCAGCUUGGUUAUACAUUACCCAUAAUUCACUCUUAAACCUAAAUGACCGGCUCAAUUACUAAAUUGUAUAUUUUGUAAAAUUAACAACUCUCCUAAAAUUGGGCUAUGUUACAGCUCAAGUAUGUUGGCCUCAUGUUUUCUGUACUUAUGUGAAGUCCUUAUAAUGUACAGUUUAGCGAAUAACCCAAGGGUUUUUUUUUUGGUUUUUUUAAAUGAAAUCUUAACGAAUUUUAUCCAGAGUUGAAGCCAACAUAGGCAAAUUUGUCAAAUUCUCCAACGUUGCUGUGGUCAUUGCUUGGCUAUUUUAACCUCAUUUUUAUCAUUUGGAUUUAUUUUGCUAAUUUUUUUUAAUUUUUAGCUAAUAAUCCUGCGUGUGUGUGUGUGUGUGUGUGUGUGUGUGUGUAUAUAUAUAUAUAUAUAUAUAUAUAUAUAUAUAUAUAUAUAUAUAUAUAUAUAUAUAUAUAUAUAUAUAUAUAUAUAUAUAUAUUGGGGGUUGGUGGAGGGGAGCGUGUUUUAUUUAUAGAAAGUCUUUCAUUGGGGUUCACUUUUUAACUAUACCAAACUGAAAUACGAAGUUCAGUAUUCAGGCUAAGAUAUUCAAACUGUGAGAUUUUAUUUUAUAUUUUUUUUGGUCUAAAUUUUGCAAUUCCCAGUAUAGUAAAUCCCAUUGUAUGGCAUUGUAAGGGUUUGCAUAUAUCUACAUGCUCAGCAUACGCACUUGUUAGAUCUCAUUUGGUGGAAGAUGUGUAUGUGGAAGAGUUGUUUGUUGUGUUGAGGGAUCGUUUGGGAAUGGAGUUGGUGCUAUAUGUUGUCUAUGCUGGCAGUGGACAUUAAUGGCCCUUUUUAUAUCUGUGUUUCUUCUUAGCAUGGAGGGUUCCAUUGUCAGACUUCCCGAAGUAAUUGACCUGAAGAAGAAGUAUAAAGCCUACCUUUAUCUGGACGAGGCACACAGUAUUGGGGCAUUGGGUCCAACUGGGCGAGGUGUUGUCGACUACUUUGGUUUGGACCCCAGAGAUGUUGACAUCAUGAUGGGAACAUUCACCAAGAGCUUCGGUGGCGCAGGUGGAUACAUUGGAGGCAGCAAGGUAUUGCAGCUUUACUGAAGGUUCUUCAGUGACCUCACUUUCUACUGACUAAUGCCAUAUACACAAGCUGGUUGAGGUUUAUUGGCCAUCUUCUUGCUGAGUGAAGACAAGAAGCAAGAUAGCUUUUGGAAAAUCGUAAAUCCUCUGGUGCUGUUGCAUGAGUGUCCCAGCAGAGGGCACCAUACGUACAUUACCUGCACACACACACACUGUAGUUAAUGAGAACUCAAUUUUCUGUUGCUCGUUCGUCCUAUUUAAGUGUUACCUUGUUGAUAGUGUGUACUCUUGAGAAAUGCUGUUUAACAAAACAAACAAGUUACAUAAUGGAAACUGUGCCAGUACAUGGCAUUAAACUAAUGUUCUAAUUUAACACCUUCCCGAUGUGGGGUGGUUACUUGUAUAAAAUGAAAAAAAACUUGCUCCAGUUUAAUUUUUUUUAAAUGUAUUACUAUUUGGGAACUUGAAUUCAGUGAAGGCUUGGUAUGGACAGUGGUGUCAGCCUUAAUGGUAGAAAGUUAAGAAAAAAUAGUAAUGUUUUGCAUGAAUUGUUCCACUCCACAUUGGAUGAAGAGAUCUGGUUAAAUUGUUGCUCAAAGGAACAUCACAGCUAUGUAUGAUUAGAAUGUGCAUCCUACACCUGAGCGAGGCUUAGAAUUUCCAGCAUUUUAUGAAACUCUAAGCCAGCCCUUUUUGAGCGUCCAGUUUCUGCUAGCAGUCUUCCCAUAUGCACUCUCAAGUCAUUAAAGUGACGGUUGCUCUCAAUUAAAAAUUUUUGGAUAAAUAGCCAAACUAGAAAUUAAUUCCGUUCUGAUUUCAUUGUGGUUAUUGUGGCCUACGUUUUAAAUACACUUUUAACUCCCAUCUGUUUUUACUUUAGUGAAAAACCCUGUUAAUAUACAGACUCUUGAUUAUUUUAGUUUUUGUUUUUAAAUUAAUUAUAGAAAACCAUAGAAGUAGGGUAUGUUUACACAUUUAGAGAUACUGUAUGUUCUAAUUGUGAUAUUUGUGAACCUGCAUAAAAUUAAUCUAACCUCCCCUUCCCCCCCCCCCAAAAAAAAUAAAUGCAUAAAUAAAUUCAGUAUAGAAAACACUAAAAAUAGCGUGUAAAACACUCAAUAUAGUGGGUCAGUUUACAUCUUACUACUUACAAAAAUGUCAGCUGAGCAGUACAAGAUCUCUAAAUUAUUGGGACCCAGUCCCAUCGACUGAUCUCAACAACUCAAAAACUUUCCUAUGGUUUGUAAGGGAUGAUAUGUGGUGAAAGUAAGCUAACUAAUAGUGAAAUUAAUAGUAGCCAUGUUUUGUCAGGCUCUUGUGGAUAUCAAAUGAAAGAGCAAUUAAGAAAAUGAAGUCCCAGUAAAACUAUCAAAAUAGCUCUUAAGUAAUUAAAGGGGGAAAAAAGCCUCUCUUAUAAAGGCGUUUAUCAUAUUGGUCCUAAAAUGCUACCAAUCUGUCUGGCCAUCGCUGAUACAGUCUAAGUAGACUCCUGCUCGAAGGGCAAAAUGUCAACAUCCAGUAUUUUCAUGCAUAAAAUCUUACCUGAAAUUUCAAAAUUCCACUUGACCCAGGUGGAAAUUUAAAAUUAAUUAUUUUUUGUGGCUUUAUGAUCUAUAUUUUUAGAUUUUAAUCACUCUCUACAUUUUAUUAGUGCAAUUUAAAAAAAAUAUAUAUACAUAUUUCUUAUUUUUUUGGGCCAGGUUCUUAUAGACUACUUACGAAAACAUUCUCACAGUACGGCGUACGCUAUCUCUAUGUCACCACCAGUGGCAGAGCAGAUCAUCACUUCCAUGAAGUGCAUUAUGGGUGAAGAUGGCACCAGUCUUGGUGAGUUAAACUGCACAGAGAGGGCAAAGUUGCCCAGUUUUUGACAGAUUUGCCAGCAUGCUUUUCAUGCCAACAACAGAUGCCAAAUUUCUUCAGUGAGUGUGUGUAUAUAUAGAUCUACCUUUCUAUCUCUCUAUCUCCAGUAUCUUCAUGCAUAAUGCACACGUAUGUAUGUAUAUAGAAAGAUGUAGAUAUAUGUUUAGAUAUAUAGUGUGUGUGUGUUAGAAUGAUAUAGCGAGAGAGAUGUAGUCGGUGCUUAAAAGCCGUAACCUAGAAGUAUAAUUUACGUCGGCGGCAAGUCUGAAAAUGGAAGCGGGCCUACCUUAUGCAAUAUGUGUUUAGAUAUUGGGAGAGGAUGGAGGGGUGACAUGACACGCAGAAUAUGAUGUGGUGACUGGAGAGAGCUGGGGAUUUCUGUAAAUAGCCCGACUAGCCCCUCCCAUUACUCCAGCACCAAGGACACUUAGUCACUUAGACACGUAGUACUUUGAAAUGUGCUAUAACCUAAACUCUUAUACUUUCCCUGCUGCACGUGUGUAUGUAUUUAUUUUCUUUCAUUAACUAACCUAUAAAUGUGUAUUUGAAUUGUUGACGUAAAUGUCCAGUUUUUAUUUUGGGGUGAUCUUCUAAUUUUUCAUGAUUUUCGUGUUUUUCGUAUGUUUUUGGGGGAGGCUGAUACAUUUUAUCUAUGUUGUGGGAAUGCUGUGCAAGGUCCAAAUAUAUAGAACUGCUAAUCAAUGGGAUGUGGCUGGAUUCUGGGGUAAGCUGCGUUUGUACGGGUGGAAGCUGGUAAACAUUUUGUUAUACAAUGAAGAUUCAGAUCUCUCUCCUCCUCCUAUUGUUCAUUAGUUUGUCUUACUAACUAGCUUAAUUAAGAUUUUUUUUCUCACCAUGUCGUGCUAAAUCUCAGGGUUUCCAAGGGUUAAAGCAAGAGAUUGUAAGCUGCAUAACUUCAUAGUUUAAGUAUUGAUCGUUAUUCCAUAUGCAAGUCAAGAAGAGAUUUCAGAAAGUGUAUGCCAUAUAGACAACCAGCCUGCUUGCAAACCAUGGUAGUUGGUCGAUUUUUGUUUUUAUUUGCGUCUUAGCUACACAGGUUUGUCUGGUCCUGAUUUAACGAAUAUUAGCAAUCAUUUCCUUCCUUUGAAUUCCCUAAAAUAUUUUUACCUAAUGAUCUUAAUCGUUUACACCCCACAUCUCUCUGCCUUGUGUGUAUAACUAGAUCAGUUCCCUACAAAUUGUAAGCUUACGGGCCAGACUCUCAGACUGAUACUCUGGUUUGUUUCAGUUUGACAAACCAUGGGCUUUCUUUAUUUUUCUUCUUUAUUUUCUAAGGGUUAAACCUUUAAUUAUUGUCAUAUUACAACGCACAGCCAUAGUGUGUUAUGCAAAUAUAUUCAUUUUAACACCAUCUGGGACUCAUUGAACAGAAGCAGACUGUCUUAAGACCUUUGCUAUGUAGCAAUAAUUACUAUGUCUUUAGGGAGUAAAAUCUACAUUUCAAUUUGGAGUGUAUAUUAAACCUUUCGGUAUGUGAGAUUAGACUCUGUGCUAAUAAAUUGUGACAAUUAGGUUAAAAUAGUGCUGUCUGCCAUGGUGCUUUGCAUGGGUCUUGCUGAAUCCCAGGCAUCUUUUUAAUUUUCUUUUUGUUGGCGGCAUCAUCAUUCAUAGCUGUAGUAAUACAUACCUUGAAUUGGUGCUGUGGAAUUAUAGUACAAUUUUGUAUUCUGUAAUCAUUUUAGAUGGACAUUGAAACACUGUAUAAAAUACAAACGUAAACGGGAUAGGUUGAGAGUCCUGCUCCAGGUAGCUUACAGUCUAGAUGGAAGAAUAUUGGGGGUGAAAGCAUGAACUAGAUAGAACUUCACAAUUGCCCACAAACUGGGUCUGGUUUUUGACAUUGCUACAGAAUUGGAGAUAGCCUUUCCACUGUAGAAUCACACCCGGUUGCUCAAUCUCUGGAUAGUCAAGAAAUGUGCCCUUUUCUCAAUAUCUACAAAGUAAACUUGUAAAUGAUGCUUGUUAAUAAUAAGGCGGCUGUUUGCUUUUGCCUGAAUGAUUACAAAGUCUCCAGAUUUCAUAUUCCUGGACUGGAUUGUCAACAUGUGUUUGCAUAUUUGUCUGUGUGUGCAACUUCCUGUUGGUUGUUGUGGUUGCGAAGUGGUACCUAAUCUGAUUUAUAUACCAUGGUUAAACCCUCAGAGUCAUCGUGCUCCCAGGGGGAAGUUGGGGUGAGGGGCAUUCUGCAUGGUCACGGAGAAGGAGGCAAAGGUGGAUAAUUGUAGGGAAUCUCUGAAGCUUUCCCUCCCUCUUGUCUCGUCUCCCCAGAGUCUGUCUGCGAUAAAGAAAUGUUUGGACAAAAGGAGCAGGAUAUGACUCUUGCCUGUAUGUCACACUUCAAGAGCCUGGGUCAAGUUAGGAUAAUUAAAACAUUUGUGUCCUUCUGGAGUGCCCAUCCCUUCUACAGUGAAUUAAAGAGUUAAUCUGGUCCCAAUUAUACAGAGUUGGCAGUGUAUUAGUGAGCUGCAGUUAAUGUGGCACAGUGUGAAUGGGCAACUGUGCCAAGCUUUGCCAUUUUGUGUAAACUGAACCUGCAGUUGUAUGCCCUGUAUAAAUGCUUAUGCCACGGCUGUCUCACCUCUUUCAGAUGCCCACCCUUUUUUAUUUAUUUUUUGCCCUUGGAUGUAUAGUCCCUCUUCUACCCCCUUACUCCUCCAUCCCCUGAUCAUUGCCCCAGGGCAGCAGAAGGGGCCCCCUUCACACAAUUUAAGUCCAUCAUGAUCACAGCAGUAAAGAAAUUGAUUCCAGACUCUGUGGGGGACGAAUAGGAAAACAUAGUAUUUUGGCAGUCAGUAGAAAAUGUGACCCAGAGCGGUUUGGGGAGCGGAAAUGAAACUGACAGGAAAACGUCUUCGUAUUUAUAUGAUUACACUGAUCUCCGGGAGCCAUUUCUCCCAAACUGUACUCCCAGCCCCCGCUACCUGAUACCUGACUACUGGAGGGAAACUCUUUAAACCUUCUACUCAACAUUCUUAUACGAUGACACUGUGUGGAGCAAGUUAAUAUUAUGUUUAAUUUAAAGUCGUGCUCAAGGGGUACUGUGUAAUCUGUUGUUCUAGAACAGAUUUGUUAUUUAUUUAUUUUUAUUUCAAUUAUUAUACAAGGGAUAUGCGGAUCUGUUGUUCCAUUGUAUUUUUUUUAAAUAUAUUUUUAUAUAUAUAUAUAUAUAUAUAUAUAUAUAUAUAUAUAUAUAUAUAUUUUUCUUUUUUGAUUUUUUUUUGUGUGUGUGUGUGUGUGUAUAUAUAAUAUAUAUUAUAAAAAAAAAAAUGUAUGUAUAUGCAUAUAAUCCCCUCCAAUAUUGUAGUAAUGUAGUACACCAGGUUCAACAUCAUGUAACACUUGCAGGUAUGCUUCCAUAGUGCACAAAGUCCGACUUCAUGUGGCUGCACACCACAUUUUCUUUGGCAGGGUUUCUGGUCCUGGACCCUCCAUAGUCCUUUAUAACAAGCGGUAUACAUCCACGAAGACCUUAAAAUUCUCUUUUAUAUUGAUUUGCCUCGGUAGAAGAGGGAAUGGUAAUUUUGAACCCUGCCUAACAUCAAACUUUAGGUCAGCAUGUUACCACAAUACCUAUUGUAAUACUGGAGCAAUUAACGUGCUAAUUGGUUCUAUUUAGCAGCAUGCUGAUGGGAACAUGUUCAUUAAAUCUAUGGUCAUUCGGGAGAGUAGUCUAUAGAUACCUAGCGUUAUGCUAGAGGUGAACGUGUUAUUUUGAUGUCCCUGACAUAAUGAUAGAGGGAACUAUAUUAAUCACUAUAUGUAGCAACAUGUUAAUCUGUUAUAACAAACUAGAGGGGAACAUUUUAAUCUGUUAUACUCGCCACUGUGAGGAACCAUGUGUUAAUCCAUCAUUAACAGAAUCAUGGUAGAAGGCAACGUGUUCAUCCAUUACAUUUGUUUUCAUGCAGGAUCUUUUUUUUUUCUUUUUUUUUUCUUUUUUUUUUUGGAGUUGCUAAUGUGAUAAAAGCAAACUUUUUCACUCCAUUGUUCUGAUCAUUUCCCAAAUGUCCCUCAGAAGUAGACAUAGCGGAAGACUUAAAGUUAAAUAACCACGCAAAAAUGUUUUCUGGGAACAGGACCACACUGAUGCCAAAUGCAAUUUAUUGUGUUAUGAUAUUCAUUUAUUGCUCGGCUUCAGCCAUUUUUUAAGUGAGUUCUUUUGGAAGCCAACUAUAUGUUAACCCUUUCAUUACUCCACCUCCUAAGAAAGGUUGGUACUGUUUGAACCAGGCCCAGGAGAUUUGUCCUGGUCUAACGCCCCUCUGUCUCCACAACUUGAAAGGAUUUUGUGAAGCAUUGAAUUAUAACAUCUGGAGACACCCUCUGUCUCCUGGAGUGGCCUCCCUUCCUCCAACAUCUGGAACUGGUUACUGGAAAGAGGGGGGGCAGCGGCAGAGUCCUUCAUGUGGGAAGAUAGUGGGUAGAGAGGCAGAUUGGGUAACAGAGCCCUACCCACCAUCUCUAUCACUUUGUCCUGAGAGAUGGAUUUUACUCCCCAGUUGUACCUCCCUGUAUAAUGCAAUUUUUUAUUUUUUUAUUUUUUAUUUUUUUUUGGCCAUUAAUAAUUCGAUGCAAGCUUCCUCAGAACAGAAGAGGGUGUAUCACAAAUCGUUUAUGCUGAGAACGAGUGCAUUAUUAUGUCUGUUAUACAGACCCUCUAACUUUAUCACUCUGAAAAAACAAGAACGUGUUUGCUUUAUUAGCACCAAUUAUCUCUCUGCUUAGAGGAGACAUGCACUGUCCUCGCUGCAGGGUGACACAGUGACGCACACACUUGUGAUCUGUGACCCCACUAAUAGGAUUACUAAAUCUCUCUCCUACGUCAUACAAUAAUUGGACUUGUUUGUGAUUCCUCUGAAUCCGUACCAACAACUACAGUAAAAUAUGAACUGUAUCUGAAACACUUGCGACUCGGUGGCAAAGCCUUAUACCCACUACCAUACUGCGCAUUAUUUGAGACAAAAAUGUAAACCUAAAAGUGUGCCUUUUUUUUUAUUUAUUUUUUUCUCCUCGCUUUUCUUAUUCGUUUGCAGGAGUCUCCUGCCUUGCCUAAUAAAUGUCCCAAUUAGCAGUAGUAACGGAAGGGAUUCCAAGCUCUGCGUGGGGCUACUAUCGCAGGGGGUUGGAUUUCCCCGCUUUAAAUUUCUAAGAUUUAGAGGGAACACCCUAUAGCCCGUUUCUUGGCGCUUUUUUUCUUCUUCUUCUUUUCUGCUUGGAGCAUUGUUUAUAUUGCCUGUAAAGUGCACCAUAGUUGGCGGCAGAUGUACUGUGGUACUUGUUUUGGUUAUGUAUUGACUCUCUCUAUUUUUAUGUAGAUAUAUCUCUGUGGUUAUAAACAAUAGUACUGUAGGACUGGCCAGUUAUAUCGGGCAGUGUUCACAUUGUUGCUGUAUCUUUAUGAUUUGUUGUAUGUAAUAUUUAUAUUGUGAUUACCAAUUAAGCACCCUGUAUUUUGAAAUGUGAAAAGUUCAUUUGCUAAAUUUCAGUGGAGACGAAACAUCUGUUCUUUGUUUCUGAAUGAAGCAGGAAAACUAUUUAAAACAACCAUUCUUUGGGGGGUUUUUUUUCUUCAUAUUUUUUUUUUUUUUAUUGUAUUCAUUUAAAAAUAACAAUCAAAAUAAUACCCUUACCAUCUAGGUAAAAAUGUAUCCCAUAUUUUGAAUAUAUUUGUAUAGGUAAGGAAUAAAAAAUAUUUGCAAACAUUGGCAUUUUUAUUUAUUUAUUCCAUCAAAGUGAUCCUUUAGUGCCCUGCUUAGUGGAUCUGUCUCUAGCUCCCAGACCAUGUUUUAGUCAGAAGCGUCUCGUUCUGGUUUUUGGAGACUAAUCUGACCACACAAUCCCACCUCAAGCAGCGGGAUUAUGGGUCAAGUAGUUUAUGCACAAAGAGGUGUUUCAAUUAUCAUGUAAGUUGAGGAUGACUGGAACUGCAAAAUAAACUUAUAAAGACAAUACUACACAUGCAAAUAGUUUGUGCACAGCUUAGUUCACGGUUUAGUGAAUAUGGUGUCUUUUGCGCUCAGGAAUGAACAUGCUCUCAUGUACAGUCUGCUGCUGAACUUUCCCUUCUAUGUAGAGACUAGAGAGAGCCUUCUAUAUUGUUUUUGUGGAAUUGACACUCACCAGAACGUGUUGUUUCUGCGCAGACUAAAUGACAGCCCAAGAUUUUAAUUUGACAGAUUAUGGCCACUAUUUUUCACUAAACACUGAAUUGUAGUAAGUUUAAAAAAGCAAAACAUACGUUGUGUGAUCAAGGCUAAAAUAAGUCAUGGGUUUAGCUGAGCUGUAGUGUUUUCUCAUCUGUUAUAUUGGCCUAACAUUUGCAAGCUCCUGGUGAAUUCAUGACCAUUCAUGGUUUAGUGAAUAACCUGUAGGUCAACACCCAAACAAACAAAACAACAAAAAAGAGCAGGGGAAGGAGGUGGGAGAGGAGGGGAAUUUAGAGUGCUUGUUGGGAGAGUUGUAUUUAUUUUCUUAUCUAUUUUUUUUUUUUAAUUGUCUCCAUCUUUGCCACAGCAUUUAGGGUUCUUACUGGUCAUGAAUGUAGGCAAUUGUUUUUUGAAACGUUCACUAUUCACCUCCUUUAGUUUAUUUUCUACUGUUGAUGUUGUUGGUACCACACUUGGUUUCCAAAUUAUGUUCUAGAGGAGUUUUUGCUUUCCAUCUGACUCGACACUAAAGCAGUUCAACAAAAAGUUGUUAUAUUUUAGUUAAACUAUUUUUGUAUGGGUUUCCAAAACCCAUCCUCAUGAAGCACCUACUCUCCAAGAUUUAUGGAUUUUCCAGUCUGUUUUACUAGGGCUAUAUCUAUAAACUUGGGCUGUAUUAUGUUCUAGAGGAUCAGGUUAAUUCUCACUGACCUAGAGGUCAAACAUUACGUCUACGUGUUCACUAAAUAACUUUUAAAUACAUUCUUCAUUAGGCCAAGAACGUGUGCGGCAGUUGGCAGAAAAUACACGUUAUUUCCGCCGAAGACUCGCUGAGAUGGGAUUCAUCAUCUAUGGUAACAGCGACUCUCCAGUAGUUCCACUAAUGCUGUAUAUGCCAGCAAAAAUCGGGUGAGUAACAGGCGAGAAAUAUUGUAUAACUUGUGUUAAAAGCAGCACUUCUAGUAAUGAAUUGCUGCAUUGUAUUCUGAUAUAUAUAUUUGGCUUGGAAAUGUUUGUAGCUAAUGAAUAUUUGUUUGUUUCCAGAGCGUUCGGGCGGGAGAUGUUGAAGAGAAAUAUUGGGGUUGUGGUAGUGGGUUUCCCAGCGACCCCAAUCAUAGAGUCCAGGGCUCGCUUCUGUGUCUCUGCUGCACACACUAAAGAAAUGCUUGACCUGGUGAGUAGUUUGCUCAUUCCUUGCUCUGACUACUUUCCUAUAAGAAGAAAAGGGUCAAACAUUAGAUUUUCCACGAGGCCAUUUCAUUUUUAAAAAAAAUUUUAUUCUUGAUAUUUGAGAAGACAGCACAACUUUGUACAUAACGGUAGUCAUUCAGAUAAACUGUAUACACUUCUGUCGACAAUACAAUACAUCACUUUCAUGACUUGUUUCGCAAAGAUGGCUGUCAAACUUUUAUGAAUGUAAAAGCAGAAAUAUGACAAAUAGGAAAGAUAUGACAGGCAACAGUACCCUCUGCCACUGCUGAAAGGUGGGUUUAUUCGUGGUCAUACUAGUGCAACGUGGGAUGCUCCAGGGUGGGUUUUGCACCUGAUAGCCUCCCUGGGCAUAGUAUCUUUUGCAUUAAAUAUGUGUGGUAUGCAGUAGGUGGCAGAGAGAUAUAGAAAGGUAGUAGCAGUUAUAAGUCUAAGUAGGAGUAUGAGCAGGUCAGCAGAUCCAGAGGUGUGUUGCGUACUUCUCUCAUUGUCUGGAGGGAGUGUCUGGCCACAGCCCCCCUAGUAUGAGGCCAUUUCUUGUAUGCCGUAUGGGGCUUCAGUUCAACACAAAGACUAAGAUGUCUUCUAUAUUUUUCUCCUCUUUCUUCAAAGAUCAAGUUUCUUUCCUUUUGUUUUCUUCUCUCCCUAAAUAACAACUUUUCCCCAAUGCGCAUUAUGUUACUAGAUUUUUGUUUAUGCCAAUUAUUGUUAUCUUCCGAUUAUCUUUUCAUUAUUACCAGGAUAUAGAUUUUAAAGGGUUUAAAAGUUUUUGUGUUCUUUCAGGCUCUACGAGAAAUCAGUGAAGUUGGGGACUUGCUGCAGCUAAAAUAUUCUCGGCAUCAUUUUGUGCCAUUGCUUGAUCGGCCCUUUGAUGAGACCACAUAUGAGGAAACAGAGGACUGAUACCUGCAGGAUGCAAUAUAGUGUAAUCAUACACCCUUAUGAUUGCAGCUGGAGAGAGACACCUUUCUGGGGGAUGUUUUAUAUAUGUAUUAUUUCUUUUUUUUUUUUUUUAUAUAUUUAUAUAUUUUCAUUUAUUUUCAACGCGACCUGUGACGACUCCAAAUUUUCAAGUCUGAGGCUACGUUCCCCAUCUAAUCUCUUGCAAGAAAAUGGAACUUUCUUCACCGCACUUAAACAUAGCUGUUACUGGUCACAGUGUGUAGAAUGGGUUUGUCCAAGGAAUAAAUGUUAGUAACAGCACAGGUGCUAUUUAAUGUGCUGUGUACAAGGGAGGCUGAUGCUGUGAACGUGUGCUCAGGGAGAGGCUGAAACUGUUUGUGUGUGAGGCUGGCAAGUUGAGAGAGACAAAGGGUUUGCUGGUGGCUCUCAAAAGCUUUCUGUGUCGGAAGAUUUUUGUCUUCCGCACUUCAUAUCAAGGUCUAUGUUUCCACAGCAUAUGCCACUUUCGGACCCUAUACACGAUGAUAUUCAUUUGUUAAUUUCCAGGACCUUCUCAUUUCAUUGUCCCUAAAACAUUGCCCACCUGUCUUGGAGAAUAGGGUUACUAGGAAUAUAUCUUUAAAAUUAAAUAGAUUAAGUCAAUAAAGCCAAGUUGGAAAAAGAAUCUCAUUCCUGAUCAAAUUGUUGUUUUUUGCUAACCUUUAAUCGUCUCACAACUUGAGUCAAUCCUGUCCAUUUAUUUCUUGGAUAAAUUCUAACAUGGGGCACGAACUUCAAUCUGUCAAUUACUAAAUUAUCUUAAGGAAGAGCUGAAGGUUCUCCAAGUGAUGGCUGUUUUUAGGGUUUAGAGAUCUGUAUGGAGGGCCAACCAGACGAAUUUUAAGAAAACAAGAUUUUGCUCUACACAUGUGAGAUUUUCAGGGUAUCUCUCUCUAUCUGCGCAUGGCAGUCUAUUCUAAGAGUGACCAUUAUAAUAGUCAUCCAUCUUUUACUGAACUGUUUUUAACAUGUCUGCACAUGCAUUUGCUGGUGUGUGAUCUAGGAUGAGUGGUACAGCAGUAAGCCUGGGAAUAGGGACCAAUAUUUUAGUCACAUGAUGAGUGGAAGGAUAAUAGAUUUAACUGGAUACUAGUUUCCAAUCAAAAUUCUAACGUUUUAAAUAAAACAAAUAUGCUGCCCUGGCUUUACAUUAAUGUACAAUCCUUUUCUUUUGAGUAAAUCCACUCUGUGCAGACAAAAGGGUGGCCAACGGGUGCCAUGCAGGCUGGAUAGAGUGACUGGAAGGCACUGUGAUGUUCAGCUUCCUUUGCCUCAUUUGAGUCUAGUUUUAUUCUGUGCGCCAAACCUAUAUGGUAAAUGGUCUUAAAUUGUGAUUCUUUUUGGCAUGAAGUAUGAACAAACUGACCGGAAAGAAUACAGACUUUGUAAAAUGUAUUAAUUCUCUUUACAACAUUUUUGUUACUGUUUUUGAAAAACACACUGUGUAAACUCCACCAUCUGCUUGGGAGCGAGUUAAAUUGUCCACUGCUAAUAAAUAAAAUCCAUUUAUUUUCAUUUUCCUGCCCUGUGUUUCAUCUUUACAGUGCUCAGAUCACACUGAACCCUUCCCAGAUCUGGAUACACGUGUACACCAACAGCUGUCCGUGUAUUGUGUCUUACAUUGUUAUUGUCACACGGGUGCAUAGAACAG